AUGGAUUCCUCGUCCUCCAUGGCGGGGCGGGGCUCUGUGGACCCGCAGCUGAAGCAUUUCAUCGAAUUGGAAACUCAGAAGCAGCGAUAUAAGCAUUUGGUGCACCAAAUGACUGAGCUGUGCUGGGAAAAGUGCAUGGACAAACCUGGGCCCAAGUUGGAUAGUCGAGCUGAAACCUGCUUUGUAAACUGCGUGGAGAGAUUUAUUGACACAAGCCAGUUCAUCCUGAACCGAUUGGAGCAGACACAGCAGUCCAGGCCAGCCAUCUCAGAAGGUUUGUCUGACUAA